GCAACACAAGUAACAUGACAGACAGUAUGGCGGCGUUCCUGCACAGAAGCUAACCUAUUUCUCUAAUUUCACAUCUGUGUGGACACUUUAAAGUGCAGUAAAGAUGUCAUUUAAGAGAGAAGGUGAUGACAAAAGCCAGUUAAACAUCCUGAAGGUAAAACCUGCUUCUUAAACGUUUCUGAAAGGCUGUUUAGCUGUGGUUAGACGUGUUGUUAUGGUUAGCAGCAUCACAGAGUGUUAGAUUUACAUGAUAACUGUGAGAAUUAUUGACUGUUUUGUGUUUCAGAAACGGCGUGUCGCUGAUCUCCUGUCUAAUUUUAUACCAGAAGAUGAAGCAGCUCUUAUGAAGAAUGGAAGGUAGAGGAAACUUAAUUUAAUACAGAGUAACUUUAGGGAGACUGGGGUAAGUUGAUCCACCCCCUGUUGUUUAGAAAGGGUAAAAGAAAUUGAUCAUGUGACCAAAUAUUUAGGAGAUGGGCAUCAUUUCAUGGAGUCUGUGCAGGUUAGAAGCACAUGGGUGAAGGGGUUAGACAUUUAUUGAUAAAAAAAAACCCUUUUUGACUCUGUAAAGUGAAUUUAGUCUGUUUUAAGUUUGAUUAGAAUUGUGUUCAGACCAAAAAAGAUCAUUUUAAACUAGUUUUAUACAUCAAUUGUGGUAGCUAUGAGCUACAACAUGAGGUCAAAAUCCUAACAUAAAAGUCCACCAUUUUAUCUUAGAGGACUAAUAAAGUCAUCAUAGUAGUUCAGGGGUAACUGAGAAAGUAAAGGAGUCUAAUAUCUGCAGAUACACGAGUUAGAGACAAAACUAGGAUUGACUUGAUGUAGUGAUCUGAAAUAUGACAAACAGCUCAUCUAACCCCACUCUCCUCCUCUAUAUUUGCAGAUACUCUUGCCUUGUAUGUUCCUACCGUCCUGUGUUUGACACAGUUGAUAUGCUGACAGUCCACAGGAACGGGAAACGGCAUUUAGAAGGUGAGACUUUUAAUUUGAAAGGGCACGCUUUAUUCUUUUGUGAUGCAUGGCGUGUGUAAUGUUGAGAUUCUCUUUGAAAAUCACAGAAAUUAGAGUGAUAAUGUGACAAACUCUGCGUACUGUUUAUAUGCAUAUUAUUUUACUAUUUUGAUGCAGUCACACUGAUGCAGUCCUGAUUCAUCACAUUAAAUUUGUUUAUAAAUUCAUCUAUUAAAAAAGCAGUUAAAAGAAUGUGUGUGUGUGUGUGUGUGUGUGUGUGUGUGUGUGUGUGUGUGUGUACAAUACUGGAAUAGAAAUGAAUAAAUAAAAGACUUACAGUUCCAUCAUUUACAUGACUUCCCGUUCAUUUCUGGAUCUGUUUAUAAAAAGUUUGAUUCCUCCGUCUCUAAGCGCUUAAAUCUCUGUCCUCUGUGUCUGUUUAUUCUGUUCAUUACUGUUUUGUGUUGUAUAUAGUUUACAUACUUGUAUAUUAUCUCUUUAUUUUUACUUAUUUUAUCUAUUAUUUAUCUCCUCUUUCUACUUAAUUUGCACUGGAGUUACUGUGACAAAAAGUAAUUUCCCCCUGGGGAUAAUUAAAGUAUUUCUGAUUCUGAUUCAGAUUCUGAAACUGCUUUUAAAAUUGAGAAAUGCAUAAUAAACAAGGGAAGGUGUAAAUCUUACAGCAGUAUUUGAUCAGCUUUCAAUAACAAACAUUAUUAUUUUUUUAUUUGUUUGUUUUUCUGUAGGUUUAAAAUCUUUCUACGGUAAGAAAUCACAGCUGAAGAACGAAAUCGCUAAAAGGCAUCAUGAAAGCUACGUACAGAGCGAAGACAAAUCACAGGUCAGUAACAUGUCAUGUUUGAAGUCUAGUUCACUUUUCCACCUUUGCGAUUUGUCUGAGUCUGAAAGCUUGUUCUGGAUUCCUGGAACAAUAAAACAAGAGUCAGUCUGAUCGGUCAAAACAGUCACAGACUCAUCAUCAGGGAAACAACAUGAUCAGAACAGGCGUCUUCAUUGUUGGUGUAUGUUGUUGUCUGGUGUUAAAGUCAUCCUUGUGACGACCGUAUGACCCUGACUGACUAAAACUUGCUGUCCAUUGUGGAAAACAUGAUGACUGAGCAUGUGCGAGAAGCAUUGACUUCCUGGUGAGCUUUAAAUUAGAUUUAAUGCACUUCUGCAAUUUAAAGAGGCCUUUUUGAAUGUGUUUUUAGGAGCCUUCCUCUUCGUCCUCCUCGGCUCCUUUACUGGCACAAACACGUAAACUGACACAUCAUGCUUUACUGAAGACAACGCCGUAUAACAGCUGCCACAGAAAAACCAGGUGAGAGAGAUGAUUCCCAUGUUUUUUAAUCUUUUUAAAAGGAAUAAAAAGAAGUCAAAAAUUUUCACCUCAAUCUUUUGUUUUGUUGCUCAUUUUUAGCACAAAAUCAGACCGAGGGGUGCAGAAUGAUGGUUCAGAUCCAAGCAAAGACUUUCCCAACAGAGAAGCACAUGAACAAGAAGGAAACUGCAGCAAAACAAACAGCUCCAACCAUUUAUCGCAGGGAAGUUCAAGUUUAUGCACAGCAGGUAAAAAUCUAUGAUUAGUUUUUAUAAUAUUUCAAUUUUCCAGUUUAAUUGUGCUGAAGUAAUGAUGUGUUUUUGUCUUACAUCAAUCAGAAGAAGAGUCUGAAGUUUCUCAGGCUGCAGGGAAACAAGAGGAACCACCGAUGACGGCUGAGAGGAGGAAAGAGCUGGAGCACUACCUCAAACUGAAAAGGUUCUGAGCUGUUUGAACUCUGCUGUGAAUCCUUCCUCUCAGUGUUUGCGUUUUUUUAAUGUUACUUUACCUCUUUUUUUUAGCAACGGGUGGCUGCAGGACCGGAGCGGCAAGUGGGUGAAGGAUGAGAACGUGGAGUUUGAUUCAGACGAGGAGGAGCCGCCCUCACUGCCCUCCAUUCCUACAAACCCCUGAGAGAGCUAAGAACUGUGGGAAAAUACAGAUUAGCCGGUGCCACCGUGGAUUAUUCAGGGGUGAAAUACUGAAUACAUGAACCUCAUAAUGAGUUCUGACUCUGCCUGUGGAAUCUGAGGACUCACCUUCGGGAUUUAACAAGAUUUUAACUCAGCAGUGAUCAUCAGAAGACGCUUUCAAUGGUUCAAUUUUUCCAAUAAACUCAUAUUUAAAUAAACAUAUUUGUAUUUUUUGAAUAUUAAAUUCUUUUUGAUCAAAUUUUUGUCUUUUUUGGCCACUGAAUGAAGCAUCAAGAAGGGACAGAAACUUCACUUUUAAGAGGAGAGAUACAUGAUUGAACUCGGCUCUUCUGACAGUGUCCACUGUCUGGAACACUUCAGUACAGCUGCAGUGACUUAAUUCGCCCGCCGAAAUGAUCCCAAAAGCCACUGAGGCGAACGAUAGCCAGGUAUACAGUUGACACAACUUCCGUGCCUCUCACAGCUGGACAGCCCUCCCAAAAAGAGGACGUGUCUGGGUAAAAGAGGACGUAUGGUCACCCUGAGAAAUUACAACUUUAGGGAGCUUUCCAGGUGACAUAUUGGACAGGAAUUCCUGAACUCCCAAGAUCAAAUGGAACACACAACAUAAACCCCUUCAAACACUUGGGAACUCAACUCUUCAGAAUCCUCUUCCACUGUUGCCAUGCUGCAAAGUACACAUCAUUGAGUUAACCAGUUUUUCUCUAGUCAAACUGGCGCAUAAUGAAUCAUGGUCAUGUGUUUCGAAUCUAAAAUCUGACCUGGAAAGUUUGAAAAGGUUCAAAAACUCCUAAAAACAAACAGGAAAGUUUUAAAAGUAUUUUGUGUCUUUAAAAAGUAUCACUCAUUGAUGAUUACACAGUUUGCACAUCUCUAGUCCCUCUCUUAGUCCUUGUCACUUUCUGAAUCAGUUAUCCAGACCGGCCUUCAGUCUCAUCUUAGACUGAACAAACCUCUGACCCCUCAGCUGAGAAUAUCUUCACCUACAUAUAGACUGAGACUACUUCCAUUGUCCAUUGUCUAUUUUAACCCUUUCAAAUGAUCGGACUAAUCCUCAGUCCGCUCUCCUGCCGAUCAGCAGCAGUUAGGCCGUGCGGGCGCUAAUUUUGGUAGAGAAGCCACUGGUUAGCAUUCCUCACUGUGUGCACAUCCAGCGCUGCUUCCAGGGUAGUUGGUAUAAAUUGGAUAACACCGUCAGGGUCAGCGGGUGGGGGUGCGGGGAAUUAACAUGGGUUAGUUUCUGAUGACACCACUAAUAUGUGUCCAGCGCACGCUCACUUCAUUAUUUCAGGGCCUGGAGUGCCAACACAACAUGGAAAGGCACUUAGCAUGACGGAGCUAUGUCUGACUUGUUGUGGAGACUUGGCUCUCUGACUCGUAAACACUUGUAAAACUAUCUAUAAUAUAUUCUGAUGACCUUUGAUAUGAAGGAGAUCACUUCAGGGUUAAAAGUUCGAGAAAAGAGGACGAGGAUGGCGUAAUGUGGAAAACAUGGCCUGCACACGAUCCAACCAUGGAGUCACAGCGAAGAAGGAAAACACAAGAACAAAUAAUAAAAUCAUAUUUUCAGAAAAAAGGUGGACAUAUGAAGGAAAAUGACAAAAAUUCAUGUAGAUAAAUAUGCAGGAAUCAUAUUCAAGAUUUCAGAAUAAAGUCAUUUUACAACAAUAAACCCUGAAGUCAAAAUAUCAUGAGAAUUAAGUUACAAGGUUGAAGUCAUAUGGUCAUGAGAAUAAAGGCGUAGUUUUUAUGAGGAACAUGGAGUGUGUCCUUAAAUCAUCCUUAAAUAUAGUGACUAAAUUAACAACUUUGUUUUCGUAGCACACUGACUUUAACUCUGCAACAUUAUUUUCAAACAUACCUUCAUUCUUCACAUCAUUUCUGUAAUUUAAGGACUUAAUUUAAGGAGGUUCAUGUCCCUGUUAAUGUUAUUAUAUAAUUAAUAUUGAAUUUUAAGGAUGCUGGAGCACCAAGUAGGAACUACUAAUGUUGAAGCCAAAGCAGAAGUGCUGAAAAGUGCAGUUCUUAAAGCGUCCACUAGGGGCUGGCUGCAAAAGUUCAAGAAGUCCUAUCAACGCCAUGUUAAAAUGCUGUUUUCAAAAGAAGAAAUUAUCAUUUUUACUAUCCGGUUUUUAAAAGCAUUUCAGCCUGAAUUACUUCUUUAUAUUUUUGAAAAAACUCACCGGAGGGUGUUUUUUAAAAAUAAUUUUCUCUUUUUGAGAUAUUUGUACUUGGAUAUUUGGAAACAUAUUUUUUUACUGCAUUUUGGGUUUAGAUCACUGAAGAUGAAAGUUUUAGGACUGACAAUAUUACCUCAAUUUGAACAAUUAUUCACGUUUUGUCAUGUGUCUUCUUCAUGUGUGCAUCACAGACUGAUUAAACUUUAUCACCACCUACUGGUCUGACAUGCUUGUGCGGGUGUUCUGAACCACUUUGGCUUUGUUAUGGGGACUGAGAAAUUUUUAAAAACUUAACAUGUGUGGUCAAGAAAAAUAUGCAUUUUUUAAAAACAUCUGUACGCAUGUGAAAGACUCUAAGAUUUAUGCAUUAAUUAAAAAGAGCUUUUAUUUU